AUUGAUGCCUACAACUCAAUCCACUCUAAGCUGAUAGCAAACCAGCAAUUGAACUACCACUCUCUAGCAAUGGCUACAACAACGCUGUCAUUGUCGUCCCCUUCAGCUCUUCUAUCAAACAAGGCUAGUAGGACUUGGGCUAGUAAAGCCAAUAAUGUGCCAUGCUCUGUGGCCUUCCCUUUCAGGCGGUCUCGGCUGCCGGUGGUGAGAGCUCAAGCCGGAGAUGACAAUAAAGACACUUCUGUGGAUGUGCACGUCAAGCAAGGUAAUCAAGGAACUGCUGUGGAGAGGCAGCCAGGGCGUUUGGUCGUGGACAACUCUCCCUUUGGCCUUCUAGACCCGAUGUCUCCAAUGAGGACAAUGCGUCAAAUGCUGCACACAAUAGACCGUCUCUUCGAUGACACUUUGACAUUUUCUGGAAGGAGCAGAGCAUCACCAGGAGGCGAAGUGCGGGCACCAUGGGACAUCAAGGAUGAAGAGCAGGAGAUCAAGAUGCGAUUCGACAUGCCUGGACUUUCCAAGGAGGACGUGAAGGUGUCGGUGGAGGAUGAUGUGCUCGUAAUCAAGGGAGCACACAAGAAAGAAGGAGGCAGAAAUGAGGAUUCAUGGUCUAGUAGUUACAGCUCCUAUGAGACACGCCUUAGGCUUCCGGAUAACUGCGAGAAGGACAAGGUGAAAGCAGAGCUCAAGAAUGGUGUCCUGUAUAUCUCUGUCCCCAAGACCAAAGUUGAACGCAAGGUCAUUGAUGUACAAAUUCAGUGAAGGCGUAAUGCUUCUGUCUUCUUGGUAUCUGUCUUCUUUGCUUGUGUGUAUGAGAAGUGUCAUAUUUAUAAUGAAGAAAGACCAUCUUCUACCUUGAAAUGACGCGACUAUUGCUUUC